AUGUCCUCGAGCGCACGCAUCAUAGCAACGCUCAAGCAUCCUCGUACACAGAACGGCUUCUCCGGCUCGCCCUACACGGCACCCCCGCUGUUCCAACAGCCGGCACCGCUGUGCUCCUUCUCGUUCGACGAAACCCGCAAGCAAUGGCAAGAUGAUCGAUGCAAGCGGUACUAUCGUGGUCCGCCGCCCUACAACAACCGGCAUCCGCACCAGGGCCGAGCACCACCUGUGUCUGGAGCCGACCUCAACUACGGCCUGGAACGCUUCGUUCGGCGCGACGAGUCGGUGCCGGAGCAUCUGGAUGCGCUCGCCGCAUCCUUGCAGCACAGAACCGAAAGCGCUGCAUCCGAAAAGGAGCGUGACGAACUCGAUCAGGAAAGAAGAAAGGCAGACGUGGUCACCUGGCGAGGCAUCGUUACCAAGAUCUGCACGGCAUACGAGCAGAGCGCCGAGGCCAGAUUCUCCGAUCCGCUCAACCUCAAUGCCAUGAUGAUGGACGGCACGCUGUAUCUGGAGGAGUUCGCCUCCGCAUCAGCCAUGACAGAGAAGCAGAGGAAGGAAGAUGACCCCAAGAUGCUGCGCAUGGGCUACUACGGCUAUUCAUUCGAGAGCUAUUGCACGGUCGAGACCGAAGCACAGACACGCGAGCCUUUCCGACCGACGCCGCAGAAGAAUUCGCCGGUGUCUCAUCCAGCAGGAUGGUCCGGAGAUGUCAACACGAACGUGCAAUGGUGUCAAGUGGUCAAGACCAAGUUGGGCGACAAUCGUCUCGUGAUCGGAGGCGAAGUGGAUGCGGUGGAGCGCAACCCGGCUACUGGCCGCGAGGAGCUAGUGGAGCUCAAGACGUCGAUGCAGAUGACCUCGGCGCAACGCAAUCCUGGGAAAGCAGCGAUGGACCAGGAGCGGUUCGAGAAGAAGCUGCUCAAGUUCUUCCUGCAGAGCUACCUGCUUGGUAUCAGCAAGAUCGUGGUCGGGUUUAGAGACUACCAUGGGUUCUUGACGACCCAUCAAGAUUUCGAGACGCUGCGCAUCCCACGCAUGGUGCGAGCUGGUCAGCCGAUUGCAGGACAGUUUGACCACGCAGGCAAGCCGUUGAUUCGCGAGCAGUCGGUAUGGGAGCCCAAGGACGCCCUAGGCUUCGGCGAUCAGAUUUUGUCGUUCAUUCGCAAGACCAUUUCGAGCUACAGCGCCGCAGAGACAGCGGCUGAAGGCGGGGUGGGGCACGGCAAGGUGCAACAUCCGGUGUUCCGCGUCACGUUUCAGUCGCCGUUCGAGCAAAUCGAGAUACGCCAGCUCAGCGAGCAAGAAGUGUUGGAAGAGGCGCAAGACGGUGGCAGGUCGGGAGAAAGAGUCGGCUUCUUACCUCAAAGUUUCCACGACUUUGUUCAGUCACGAGCGCGGACCACCACUCAGCCGUGA